UCUGUGGUUCAGCUGCAGGUGUCUCUCUUUCUCAUCCUGCUUCCUCUCUGGGCCAGCGGUGCACCUGUGCUUCCUCUAGAUUGCAGUGACAUCUAUAACUAUGAUAACAGCCGAGCUAGUGGAGUUUACACCAUCUAUCCUAUUGGGGCCACUUCUGCUGUUGAGGUGUUCUGUGACAUGAACUCUUUGGAAGGACGUUGGACUGUGCUACAGAGGAGGAUGGAUGGCUCAGUGAACUUCUACAGGCCCUGGGAUCAAUAUAAGACAGGUUUUGGGAAUGCUGCCGGAGAGUACUGGCUUGGUCUUGAAAAUCUCUUCCACCUCAGUCUCAGAAAAAAGUAUGAGCUCCUGGUCGACAUGGAGGACUUUGAAGGAAAUAAAGUUUAUGCUCGUUACUCCUUUUUCUCGGUUGGCCCGGAAUCUGAUGGAUAUACUCUGCAUGUAUCUGGAUUCAGUGAUGGUGGGGCAGGAGACUCUCUAAGAACCCACAAUGAAAAGAAGUUUAGCACAUUUGACAAAGAUCAGGACUCUUUUCCAAGUAAUUGUGCCAGGCUCUACUUGGGGGCAUUCUGGUACAACAACUGUCAUCAAAGCAACCCUAAUGGGGUUUAUCGCUGGGGGGCUGAUGGUUCUAUCUAUGCUGUUGGAGUGGAAUGGACAUCGUGGAAGGGCUAUAACUACUCCUUGAAGGCUAUUAGCUUUAAAAUCCGCCCUGUUCAAUGAAGUCUUUUGGACAAAUAUCUGGAAGUACAUCACAUGGAGCUUUUAUGAAUUCAUAUUUGUCUACCGACAGUAAAUGAGAAAAAAACAAGCAUAUUUCUUUUAAUUUUGUUCUUUAUUUCCCUCUCUACAUUGUCUGUCUUUGGACCAUUUUAAAUGAUGGAGAAGCUUUUCUGUCAAUAAGAUCAUAAAAAUUAUAUUUUAGGUUUUUAUAAUUCCUUAUGUUCCUCCUUAAGUAUGUUCAGCACAAAAAA